UCAUUUUCAUUCAAAUGCGGCCAAAUAAAAACGGGAUACUACCGCUAGAGAAGAAACCAAUCGCACCAGCCAUCAUGGCGGAUCGAGUCGAUCGAGCGACCGGGGGCUACGAGGCUGAGUUUGUCGAGCCACUUCCAGAGGAAUACGAGUGCCCGAUCUGCCAGCUCGCUUUCCGAGAUCCCAUUCAAAUCGAAGAGUGCGGCCACAGGUUUUGCCAGUCAUGUCUUCAGGAGCUACGACGGCUCCAAGGCAGCCCUGUGCUAUGUCCCAUGGACAGGAGACCGAUCAGUUCAACCAAGGUUUUUGUGGAUAAGGCAGCAAGAAGAGCUAUCCUUGGUCUAGGAGUAAAAUGCUGGAACUGGAAACGGAAAUGCGAAUGGACCGGAGAACUCAGCAACAUUGAGGAACAUGCGAAAAACUGUGCUCACGAAGACGUUCAUUGCACAAACCCAGAAUGCAACGAAGUCAUGCCACGAAGGAGCCUGCAGUACCACCUUGUCAGCAAAUGCAAGUGGCGGAUUGUGUCUUGUCACUUCUGCACCGAGAUGUACACAUAUAAGGACGGAAAGACGCAUAUGAAGUCAUGCAAACGAUUACCGAUAGAAUGCGUCAACAAAUGCGGAGCAAAGGAUAUCCCCAGGGAGGAGAUGCCGUUCCACAUGAGCGAAUGCCCGCUUGCGGUACAUCCCUGUAUGUACAGAGACAUUGGCUGUCCAUUCAAGGGGCGACGGGACGCACUGGAGGAGCACUGCAAGAACGCUGUCCAUACGCAUCUCAACAUCGCCUGCCAGAAAAUUCGAGAAAACGAAAGUCGCAGCUUAUGCACGAACGGGAUCUUCCUGUGGAAAAUCUCCAACUACAAACAUCAAUACGACCAGGCAGUCGCGUCCCCGCAAGAACUGGCAAUAUUUAGCCCUCCAUUUUACACGUCGCAAUACGGUUAUAAACUGCGGCUGAAAGCGUACCUAAAUGGGCGUGACCGGGGUAAGGGGACGCACCUGUCGCUCUACAUCAUCAUCAUGAAGGGCGACUACGAUGCGCUGUUAGAAUGGCCGUUUAAACAGAAGAUCACGUUUUAUCUCAUCGAUCAGAGCGAGAAGCAGAAUCACAGGACUCACUUGCUCAGCCCAAAUCGCUCGCUCCCCAACAUCAAGGUCGUGUUUAAUAGACCAACUGUCAAGGAGAACUUGGGAAUAGGCAACCCCUGUUUUGUACCCAAUGAAGUUUUAGAGUCAGGCGAGUAUGUGAAGGACGAUGUCAUGUUUAUUAAGGCGGUAGUGGAACCUGGAAGCUCAAAAUCACAGACGUAGGGCAGUUGGCGACUGAAGCUUUCAAAAAAACUUUUGGGAAAAGUUUGCAGUUCACGCAAACGUUGUACAAAAGUCUAUUUUUUACUCAUUUGAAGAUAUUUUAAUGUCAGUCAACGACAUGGACGUUAUAAACGUUUUUCGACAUAAAAACAAAGCCCCUAAAGGUUCUUUACAGACUUGUAAAGGCUGGCUUCUGGCAUCCAUGUUAGAGCCAUGUAAUAGUAACGCAGUAGAUACUUUUUGAAAGGCAGGUUUUUAAUGAGCUGUAUUGGCGAUGAACCGUUUGCGAGAAAUCAUUACUACGAAACCCCUCUUUGAUUUUUAUAAAUAAAAUGGAUUUUAACAGUCGCCAUCAACUAUUCAUUAGUUGUCUAACCGAGAUAGAGUGAGAUAAAGUCUAUAUGCUUAUCUAAAAAAAAGACCUGAUGGCUGGGUGGAUGUCAAAUAUAUGUUUAAUGUAUAUAACAGCGUAGAAAGACACAUAAUAGUACGCAGUCCCCACAAGCUGUGAAUACACCUUCCCUAUAUAAGAUGAUGUAUAAAUAAAGAGUUUUUUUCUAUAA